ACCAUGGCUGAUAGGAUCAGCAGUUUGCCAGACUCAAUCCUUUGUGACAUUUUAUCUUCUCUUCCAACCAAAGAGGUAGUUGCAACCAGUGUUCUCUCCAAGCGCUGGAUCUUUCUAUGGCGUUCAGUUCCCUCUUUCCAUUUCGACUACAAUCAUGACAAAUACAAAGAGGCAUGCACUCAUUUUCUUCAAUCGGUGGACUCUUUUCUGCUUUCGCGUGAUAGAGAGCAACCCCUCCAUAGAUUUCGCCUCACAUUUGACUCUACCCUUGACCAAACCAUAUGUAUCAAGACAUGGAUUACGGCUGCAGUGAGUGGAAGAGUUCAACACCUCGACAUUAAUUGUAAUCGGGACAUUGUAAUGCCAUCUGUGUUUAGCUGCAAAACUCUUGUAGUUCUCAAGUUGAAUUCGAUAACAGUGGAAGAUUUUUCCUCUGUUGAUUUGCCCUUGCUUAAAAUCUUGUACUUGAACUCUGUUAGUUUACCAAGAUAUCUGGAUCUUUCACAGAUUCUCUCUGGGUGUCCUAAUCUUGAGGACUUGGAAGUCAUGGGUUUGGCUUGUGAAACUAAAGGAAAGUUUAACCGUUUGACCAAGUUGGUUAGAGCCAGCAUCAAUGAAAACUUACUUCCAUUGGAAAUUGUCAAGGAUGUUGAAGUUUUGCUCUUAAAUUGGGUAUAUCAACGGAACCUGGACCUGGAUUUUGACUUUCAAAAUUUAGUUCAACUUGAAUUGGAUUUGCAGGCGAACGAGGAUUGGCUUUGGGUCUUGAAAUUGCUCAAGCAUUGUCCCAAUCUUCAAAGUCUUGUCAUUUGCAUUUAUAAGGAGGCUCUGGAGAAUAUGCUUGGCCAUAUCCACAAAGUGUUCCGGCAUGCAUUUCAUCACACCUUAAAACAUGUUGUCUUAAAAGGUACAGUGGUUCUGUAG